AUGGUGCCUUCAGUGCGGGUGUCGUUUGAGGCCCGUCGUGCUGGGAAGCGUCAGGCCAGCUGCAAGGCUGCGGUGGGUGUACAGGUGAGCAGCAGCAGCAGUGGCAGCAGUAGAAGUAGCAGUAGUAGUAUGAGGAGCAGCAACAGCAGCAGCAGUAGUACCAACGGCAGCAGCAGCGGUAGCACCAGCAGCGGCAGGAGUAGCAGCGGUAACAGGACCAUCAACAGAACCGGCAUUCGCACGAGCAGAUCAGCAGCAGCAGCGACAGCAGCAGCUGCAGCAAAGCUACAGAGACAAAUUGUUACCAAGAAUAUGCUCGAGGCAGACAUUUCUGCUGCUGCCUUUGCAGAGGGAGACUUCUGGGGCAACCGGCUGCCUGCAGCAGCAGGCGAGUCGACGCGGUCUCAGCUUUCUUGA